AUGGCAGAAAGAACGGACAAUCCGUCGUAUUCAAUCAUGACAAUAAACAUGAAUGGCCCGUCCGCGGGAGUAGGAACUGCAAAGGGACGUAGAGAUUUUUUGUCCCGUAUAUUCAAAUUGUAUCCUUCAGAUAUAGUCUUCUGCCAAGAAACGUGCCCGGGUUUCAAAGAACUAAUGCCAGCUCCAAAGAACUUCGAAGUCGUGAAGAAAGGAAAGGAAGCAGCUGUAAUAUGGUCAACCAAACACUUCAGUGGCUCACAAGAUGGAAUUAAGACAACGAACAAACAAAUAAGGACAAAACUUGAAGAAAUACGUAAAGAAAAUGAAGAUGCCGGUGACCUUAUAUCCAGAAUAGCAAUGGUCAAACUGACGCCGACGCCUCGUCAGGAGACGACUAAAAGUAUUCUGGCGGUUUCAUUUCAUGGGCCCCACAACAAGUUUAAAGGGCCUCAAGCGGACGAAAAAAAGAAGAAGUUUUUCAAAAGUCUUCUGAAGUUUCUUAAUAAAAUUGAAGAAACUGAGGACAACAAAGAUAUAGGUUCUUACAUCAUCGGCGGGGAUUUCAAUUUUGACACAAGUACGGACGUCCCUAAUCUGCCCGAGAAUGUGCAUAUCAUGGUGGUCGGGAAAUACGUGUCAAGCCCUCGGUCAAAAAAAAAAAAGGAACCGCGUUUAUAUCUUUCAAGGACAACUUUGUAUAUUGUCCAAAGCCAAAGUUAAAUGUGUCUUCGAUAAUAGCUAUUGAUUUGAAUAGUAUAGAUACUAAAGAAAGUGUGAUAGAAGCUAUUGAUUCGAAUAGUAAAGUUACUAAAGAUAGUGUGAUAAAAGCUAUUGAUUUGAGUAUGGUUACUAAAGAGAGUGUGAUAAAAGCUAUUGAUUUGAAUAGUAUAGUUACUAAAGAGAGUGUGAUCAAAGCUAUUAAUUCGAAUAGUAUAGAUACUAGAGAUAGUGUGAUAAAAGCUAUUGAGUUGGGUAAAGAUACUAAAAAGAAUGCGAUAAAAGCUAUUGAUUUGAAUAGUAAAGUUACUAAAAAGAGUGUGCAGAAAGUUAUUGAUUCGAAUAGUAAAGUUACUAAAGAGAGUGUGAUAAAAGCUAUUGAUUCGAAUAGUAUAGAUACUAAAAAGAGUGUGAUAAGUGCUAUUGAUUUGUAUAUAGAUACUAAAAAGAGUGUGAUAAAAGCUAUUGAUUCGAAUAGUAAAGAUACUAAAGAUAGUGUGAUAAAAGCUAUUGAGUUGGGUAAAGUUACUAAAGAGAGUGUGAUGGAAGUUAUUGAUUCGAAUAGUAAAGUUACUAAAGAGAGUGUGAUGGAAGCUAUUGAUUCGAAUAGUAUGGUUAUUAAAGAUAGAGUGAUAAAAGCUAUUAAUUUGAGUAUAGAUACUAAAAAGAGUGUGAUAAAAGCUAUCGAUUUGAAUAGUAUAGUUACUAAAGAUAGUGUGAUCAAAGCUAUAGAUUUGAAUAGCAUAUAUACACUAGAUACUGAAAAGAGUAAACUGCUGGAUCAUGAUCCUAUCGUUGGGAAGUUGCAUUUUACUCCUCAAACUGAAGAGGGCUCGCAAUCUGAGGGGAACUCGCCACCUGAAGAGGGCGCGCGCCAUCUGAAUUAUUAA